UGUAUGUUUUCUCCGAACAAUGGCUGGACCAGCGGAGCAUACAGGUGCCACUGUAGAAAGGGGUUCUACUCAGCUAUGAGGAGUCCGGAAUUCAAUGGUACAUUGGUGGAAUCUGCUUGGAAGGAGAAAGAAGUUAUACACAGCCCGAACUAUGACCUCCUGUAUACGUGUAAACCUUGCCCACCGGGAUGUGAAAUGUGUGUGGAUGACUCACCUUGUCUGUCACCUUACAAUUGGGCUUUCCGAAUUUCUCUACUAGUAAUUUCCAUGCUUUGCAUCGUUUUAUCUAUCGUCCUUGCCUGCUAUGUCUACCGAUAUAGGAAGCUGAAAGUUAUCAAGGUGGCAAGCCCAGUUUUUCUCUGUAUUACUCUCUUGGGUUGCGCCAUUAUGUAUACGGAGAUGGCAGCCAUAUUUCCUGCCCUUGACGUGUACAGCUGUGUAGCCACAAAGUGGACUCGUCAUAUGGGUUUUUGUCUAACGUACAGUGGCCUACUAUUAAAAACAUGGAGAGUAUCUUUGACAUAUCGUGUGAAAUCCGCCCACAAAUUGAAACUAACAGAUAGGCAGCUUCUUCAGUGGCUAUUUCCUAUCCUUUUCAUCAUGGGGAUCUACCUGGGCUCUUGGACAAUCUCCUCACCCCCUGAGGCAAUCUAUAUCCAUGACUGGUUCAACUUAAGAUUUCGCCAGUGUGACUAUAACUGGUGGGAUCACAGUUUAGCCAUAGGGGAAUUUCUUUUCUUACUAUGGGGGAUCCGUGUGUGCUAUAACGUUAGAAACGCAGAGUCUUUCUUCAACGAGGCAAAGCACAUCAGUUGGGCCAUCUACAACAUUACUUGUGUCAAUAUUAUUAUGGUUAUGAUACAUUUAGUGAUUCUACCAAGCGCUGAUCCGGACGUCAAGUACCUGUUUGGGUUCAUUCGAACUCAGUUAAGCACAACAGUCACGAUAGUUUUUAUCUUUGGGCCUAAGUUCUACCGAGUAAUUAAAGGUCAAGGAGACACGUGGGACAAUCGAGCCAGAGCUCGUGGGGUGACGGCAUCCUUCUCGCUCAAUGGGGUAGGGUUGGUGCACGAAGAAACUACAGAUUUGUAUCAAGAAAAUGAAGAGCUCAAGGAGGAGGUUCAAAAACUGGCAGCACAGAUAGAAUUCAUGCGGAUAGUUCACAUGGAAAUGAACAAUCGUCACCUGAAGCCAAAGCACGGGAGUUUUUUCAGCCAAUCCAAUACGGCACAGAGUCCUAUAGUUAGGUCAAUAUACACGAAGUUUGAGAGCACCGACUCCCCUGGUUCAAGAAUUUGCCCAGCUGCAGAGCUCAUAAGUGAAAGGGUUUGAAAUAUUGGAUAUGAAUAUAUCUGACUAGCCUGAAUCAACCAGUCUACAAACAAACUGCUACAUUAAGAGUUCAAAACUCUCAAAACCAACGGAAAAUCUGCUUUGGUUAAUUUUAAUAAGCCAUGUUAUCAUGGAGAGUUUUCUUCAAUUGAGUAAAUGCAUGGCGUUGAAUUAAAACGGAACUUCAGUAUUAUGACAUUCAAGUUGAAAACCAGGAGUAACUGGAAAUAACUUCAAGCUGUUGUAUACUUCUUGCGAUACAUUUUGAACUUGAUUCUGAUGUAACGAUGAAUUAGAAAUAAUACAGUAAAAACAAUGAGGACAAAAAGUUAAGUCGUUGUAUUGUACAUAUAAUAGUGUUUGCAUAAGACGGGACAACGAUAUGGUAUUUUUUUUCGUGUUAAAUAUUUUACCAUGGACAUCUACACAUUUUCUUGCUUGAAUUACUAUUUAUCAGAUUAAAAUUUUUUGUUAGUAUUUGUAUAUAUAUAUAUAUAUAUAUAUAUGAUUAACAAAACUAAGGGACCACCUGUUGUCCACAAAAUAAUUUUAGAAAAAGAAAUAUUUCAGUAGAUUUGUUUCGAAACCAGGGUGAGCUAAAACCAUGAUGUUGUUGUGUUUUAGGUGUGACAAAGAAAUGCUUUAACUAAUAGGCUAUUAUUUAUGUUUUGACUAAGAUCUGUUUGCUGAUGAUAUUGCUUAAAGUACCUUGCUAAUUAUAUAACUUAAACUAUUAAUAGAAGUUUGUAAGAAAUUGUCAAUGACUGUGAUGACACUGGUAAAAAAAAGGAUCAGUCGAUUAAUUUAUCCACUGAAGAGGUUCUAUUGACUUGGAGUAUUGUCAGAAAGGAGAACUUGUCAAAUUGUUUAGACAUUAUUAGACUUGGAAAAAUGAUCUCAGUGGCCAAGGUUGUCAUCAUUUUUGUAAAAAUGGAUCAUGAGUUGUGUUCAUUUAAAACGUUAAGCGACAAUUGAAGUAUUUCUUAUUGUAUUUACUGAAUGUCUUUCUAGUUGUUGUUCGAAUUAGUGUGACUGCUCCCUGAUAUUGCUACUGAAAUCUUUAAAAGGCACCUUUAGUUUCAUAUUGUUACGAAUGAAAUAAUAAUCAAUUACUAUAGUAUAUGUUUGAAAAAAAAACAGCGUUUUGGAGUAGAAUUUAGCAUUAUGAGUGUGUAUGUGUGUCUGUCUUUAUACAAAUGUAAAUAGUGGUCCUGUUUUAAAAUCCUCGAACAAAUUUGUUUCUUAGUCGUUGUUUAGACCUCUCUCAACUAAAAAGGACUGAAGAAAAUGUUUAUCUAUUUCUCCGUGUGAAGUCAAAUUCAGUAUCAUGUCGUUAACUCCGUAACCACAUGUGGAUUCCUUAUAAAAUGCCCCAUUUUUCUAGUUUGAACCCUAUACGUAUUUUUGGAGAAAAAAAUGAUAUAACUAUAAGAGAUGUUGAUGACGUAUCAGUCUUUAAAUAUGGUAAUAUAAAAUGCUAUUGUAUGUUUUCUCUACAGGAGUUAUGUAUUUCUGUCUAUAGGAAGUUACAAAUUAGUUUUCUUUUCCGUCUUAAAGGAGAAACAUUAAUUACUAAUUGUAUAUCUGAAAUACUAAAUUUAUACAUGUUGUGUAACAAUACCAAAACAACCAAAUCAAGACCUAGUUGAACAUGAGAUUUCACUGAUUUGCAUUAUAGUUCUUUUAAAACAGUUUAUGUCAUGUAUAUUUAUCACUUUACAUAAAUAUGCCCUACUUGAAAUAUUAAUUAUUUACCUAGAUCUACAAACGGGAUGUUUAACGAAAACAAUCUUUAUUGGAAGCUUAUUAAAUAUCAUCGUCGAGUAUCAAGAAUCACAAUUUAAGUUUCUUCUUUACCUCACUGCACUAUUGUUUUUCUCAUAAAAAAAACAUACUAAAAAUGAUUUAUUAUAUCCACAUCCGGAAUUGUGUUCAGAAACUCCCUUGCACUUCAAAACAUUGUAAUACUCUAGACUUCUUCCAUCUCACGCGUGUAACUCUUCUUAACUGAAUAUACAACAUUUAAACACUCAUAAUAUGAAAAUGUACGUCACAGGAUACAUUCAGUUUGUUUCAUAUUCUUAUAUAAUACAUAUAAAUAUAUACAAAAUCCAAAAAAGUAGUUUUCAUAUGGUAAAUUGUUAGCAGUGGCGUAAAUAUGCCCCCGCAGCUCCUGCAAUUGAGGGGGAACCCGAGCCAAACAGGGGGUCCGAAGGGUCUGAAAAACUUAAGAAUUGCUGACAAGGGGAGUAAAUGUGGGGGGCCCAAUUACUUUUUAUGCGGGGGGAACCUUUUGUAGUUACGUCACUGAUUGUUAGUGCUACAUAAAUAACUGAAAUGUCAUAUAAGUAGUACUCUUAUAUGUAGAACUAACUGUUCAGUAUUUAUAAUGAUUUAGGUUAGCAUUAGUCAGGGUCUAUUCCCUUGACUUAUCGAUAUGGUUUAACAGUGUAACACAUACGAUCGUAAAAACCCGAACAGAACAUUAGACGUGAUCAAAGGUCAUAGUUCCGUUUUCAUGCCUUUAGAUUUUUUUAAUACUUUACUAUGUAUUCAUUUUACUCAAUGUAUUGUCAUAGCAAAAUAUACAUGAAUAAAUUAUGUUAUAACCACGA